ACCGAACCGACCCGUCUCGACGGAAAGUCUCUUUUGCCGUUCUGUUUUGCCGUAGAGAACUCCAUAUAAACAAAUCCCCAGUCAGCAAACUUGCAAUUUCCAACACAAACGCUCACAACAAAAAUUACAAUUUCACUCUGCUGUAACACAGCCCGUAACCAUGUCUCAGACUGUUGUGCUCAAGGUUGGUAUGUCAUGUCAAGGUUGUGUUGGGGCUGUGAAGAGGGUCUUGGGAAAAAUGGAAGGCGUGGAAUCAUAUGACAUUAAUUUGGAGGAGCAAAAGGUUACAGUGAAAGGAAAUGUGCAGCCAGAGGCAGUUCUUCAGACUGUUUCAAAGACUGGGAAGAAGACUUCCUUCUGGGAAGCCGAAGCACCUGCCGAACCCAAAACAGAGCCUGCACCAGCAAAGCCUGCAGAAUCUGUGGCUGUUGCUUCGUCUUAAAUUCACAUGCUUUUUUUAGCUUGGUCUUAAAUCACAAGUCGUUGGAACUUAAUACUUUUGUGAUGUGUUCUAUAAUAAUAUAGCACUCUUAUCCUAUACUUGGUUGUAAAAGCUGGAAUAACUACUUGGAUGGUCCCUCUAUUGCUGUGUAUUUUUAUUAAUAGCAAAUGUGCUCUCACUUUA